UUGUGGAAAGCUCAUAUCUUUAACAUGUUUUUAACAAAUUACAUCCCUUUGCUUGCAGAAUCUCAUGAGCCUAACCAAUCAUUUUGAUUGUCCUCAUAGUUUGUUACUGACACAUUGGAGGUACUAUUUGUGCAAAUUAAAGCUGCUCUAACAUUCUGCUUUUGUUUCCCUUUUUCCUGUCCAAAAACAUCAGGCUCCACAAUGAAGGUUGCUAUUGUCACAAGAGCAAACCAAUUUUUCAUUGAAGUUGGUGCCCAAGAAACAGUUGUAGCAAUCAAGAAGAAAAUAGAGCAACUUCAUGGGGUUCCAGUGGCUUCACAAGUCCUAUCUGUUACUGGGUGGGAACUAGUUGAUGGAUUAGACAUGGAUGACUAUCCAAUAGUGACUGAAGGUACAAAAAUUGACCUCACCAUCAAACCAGCAGAGCCACACCCUAACAAAAUGCAAAUCACUGUGAAAUUUUCAGCUAAAAAGCUCAGCAUUGAGGUUGACAGAACUGACACUAUUCGUAGCUUGAAGGAAAAAAUUCACAUCAUUGAUAGCACCCCCAUCAAAAGAAUGACACUUUACUUUUCUGGAACUGAACUGGAUGAAGAUUUUAGAACCUUGAGUGAAUAUGGCAUACGUGAAUUUUCUGAGAUUGUGGUCUUCCUCAAGACCAUGAAUCGAUCAAGAGAUGAACCUCCCACAAGGAAGUUAACCUUCGUUGUACAAACUUCUUCUAGCUUGCUUAAUGAAGCCACCAUUCCACUGGAGAUGAGAGAUGCAAACACAGUGAACGAGUUGAAGCAGUUACUGAUAAGCAGAAAGAUUCUGCCUGGUGAUGACUAUUUGUUUAUACAUAGACAGAGGAUCAUGCGUGAUAGUUGUAGCCUCAGGUGGCAUGGAGUUGAAAAUGGAGACUGUCUCUAUGUGUUUAAGGGAACAGUUAGCACUGGUGGGUUUGCAUGAGUUUAAUUCUAGGUAUAAUAACUAUACAGUGUUGAAACAUUUCUUUACAUUAUUGUUUGUUACAUCUAGAGUUAAAAGAGGGGACAACAUUCUGUGACUCUACAGGUUUUGUUUUACUUUGUUUGCUUGGUAUGUCUUUUGAAAGAAUUUGUCAUUUACUGAUAUUCUAUACUCACUUUGUUUUGCCAUACUUUAUUAUCGGUAGUAAUAUUCAAAGAAAAAACAUCAUAGGAAAGUCAUUAAAAU